GAAAUGUCACGAGUCACGGGUUUUGGAUAACGUUUGCUGGACGGACCUCGAAUACCUCGUCCUAGACUUUUUGGCGAUCUUCUUCUUGCAUCUUGUAGCUCUUGACUGAUACAACGUUGUUGUCAGAUUACCAGGUUGCAUCAUAUUCCAGCGCAUUGCUCUCGGAAAUCCACCUGUUCGUAUAACUCGUCUCACGCAUGGGGGCGAAGCGGAGCCGGGACUCAGACGUUGACGGCGACGUGCUACCCCCAUCGAAAUUUAGCAUAAGAUCUUGGUGUACCUUUGGAGGUACUCGAGGUGAAAAGAGUUUCAGUAGGGGAGCUGACAGCUCUUCACGUUCCUGGACCUUUGGUCUGUUGGGAGGGGGCGACCAUGUGGGUUGCUUGUGGUCGGCGGUUCGACGGGAAAAAUAUACCUUCAGUCCCGUAAAAACACCAAGUAGUCUUGAUGCCGUCUGUUCGUUAGCCACGGCACCUAAUGUAUUUGCAGAGACUGGAAAGGCACCUGACGGUCGUGAUACCGUGGAAAGUCGCUUGUGGUCGGCGGUUCGCUCCCAGCGUAAAGCGCGCCAUGCUGCCGCCCAUUUGAAGCUGAUCAAAAGCACUAUGCCCCAACACUAUGCAAGAAUCAUUGGUGCUACCAUUAAGCCAGAUACCUGUGAAAAUGGUUCACGCAACUUUGCCAAGCGGAUCAGGGUUCGAAACGGCUCCCAGGGACCACGUGUUGGCAAAGAUCGUAUGUUAAAAGCAUUAACCGAGCGUGCUAAGGAAGCUUUACGAUUAAGUGGAAUAUUGCUGGAAACGAAACCUGAGACUCCCGUCUAUGCCGAUCUCGUGUCCAAACGUAAUCAGAUUGAGCGAGAUUUGCAGGAAUUCAAGGACUUUGCAGAAGAUGAAUGGGAUGAGGCGUUCCCAAGAAGAACAAAGCCGUUUGCUGCUCUCUCUGUGGAGCAAGAAAUGCAGAUCGAAAGCGCUCUCGCCCCUGGACCUGGUACUGCCGUUGUGGUGUCCGGUUUUAAUGUUGAUAUGACAAAAACGGAUAUUCGGACGUUGCUGGACGGGAAUUGGCUCAAUGAUGAGGUUAUAAAUUUCUACGGCCAGCUGAUCAUGACGCGGGCAAAGGAAGAUCUGGCGCGAUAUCCUAAGCUACACUGCUUCAACACGUUUUUCUACAAGUAUCUGACGCAAAAUUAUGGACUGGUGCGCAAAUGGACACGGAAGUUUGAUAUCUUUGCACUGGAUUAUGUCAUCAUGCCCGUGCACUUGGGCAACCAUUGGACUUGUGCCGUGAUCAACUUUAAGCGAAAACGCCUAGAAUAUUACGACUCGUUGCAUGGAGGACACUCGUCCAUCUUCAAGAACUUGAGACAUUACUUGGAGCAGGAGUCAAAGGACAAGAAGAAAACAACUGUGGAUCUCAGCGAAUGGACCGAACAUGUUCCUAAGAAUGUGCCGGUGCAAUUAAAUGGCAACGACUGUGGUGUUUUCACCUGCCUUUUUAUGGAAUACACAGCGCGUGAAAGGGCAUUCGAUUUUGAUGGUACCCAUAUGCCAUAUUUCAGGAAGCGAAUUAUGUGCGAGAUACUGCGGAAAAGAUUAAUGAUAGACUGAAAAUAAAGAAAAUAAACAAUUGUUUUAUGGACGACGAGACUUAAGUAAUCAGAUCAGGCACGUGAUCCAACC